UCGCUUCUCUCGCCAUCCGCCGGCCUUUAAAGGCGUCAGGUAGCUUCUCCAUGCCUUCGCCCUCUGCUGCUGAGACCUGCACCUCUGCGGGGGGCAGUGUGGACCACAGGGAGCCCGGAGGUCGAGAAAUGGAUUCAGUGGCCUUUGAGGAUGUGGCUGUAAACUUUACCCUGGAAGAGUGGGCUCUACUGGAUCCUUCACAGAAGAAACUCUACAGAGAUGUGAUGCGGGAAACCUUAAAGAACCUGGCCUCAAUAGGAAGAAAAUUGGAAGACCAUAACAUUGGCGAUCAGUACAAAAAUCAGGGAAGAAAUCUAAGACAUAUGGUAGAGAGAGACUGUGAAAGUAAAGGUAGUCAAUGUGGAGAAAACUUCAACCUUAUUUCAAAUCUUAUUCUGAACAAGAAAACUUCUAAAGUAAAACCAUGGGAGUGCAGUAUGUGUGGAAAAGUCUUCAUAAGUCGUUCAUCCCUUAACAGGCACAUGAGAUCUCACACUGCACCCAAACCAUGCAAGUAUCAGGAAUAUGGAAAGAAACCUUACAAAUGCAAGAUAUGUGGGAAAGCCUUCAGUUAUCUUCAACCAUUUCAAAAACAUGAAAGAAAUCACAGUGUAGAGAAAUCAUAUAAAUGUAAGGAAUGUGGGAAAUCCUUUAGAUAUCGUCAGUCUGUUCGAAAACAUGAACGAACUCACACGGGAGAGAAACCCUAUCAAUGUAAACAAUGUGGGAAAGCCUUUAGAUAUCAUCAAACCUUCCAAACACAUGAAAGAACUCACACAGGAGAGAAACCCUAUGAAUGUAAGCAAUGUGGUAAAGCCCUCAGUUGUCCCAGUUCCUAUCGAAGCCAUGAAAGGACUCAUACUGGAGAAAAACCCUAUGAAUGUAAAAAGUGUAAUAAAGCCUUCAGUUGUCCAAGUUCUCUUCGAAAACAUGAAAGAACUCAUACUGGAGAGAAACCCUAUGACUGUAAGGAAUGUGGGAAAGCCUUUAUUUCUCUUGGAAGCUUUCAAAGACACAUGAUAACACAUACUGGAGAUGGACGUUAUAAAUGUAAGGACUGUGGGAAAGCAUUCAAUUGUCCCAGUUCAUAUCGAAUACAUGAAAGAUCUCACACUGGAGAAAAACCCUACAAAUGUAAACAAUGUGGUAGAGCAUUCAGUUGUUCCAGUUCCUUUCGAACACAUGAAAGAACUCACACUGGAGAGAAACCCUAUCAAUGUAAGGAGUGUGGAAAAGCUUUCCAUUGGCUCACGACUUUUCAAGUCCAUGUGAGAACUCACACUGGAGAGAAACCCUACAUAUGUAAGCUAUGUGGUAAAGCCCUUAGUUGUCUCACUUCCUUUCGAAGACAUGAAAGAACUCACAGUGCUGAGAAGCCCUAUGAAUGUAAACAGUGUAGGAAAACCUUCAGUUCUGCUCUAGGUUUGCAAAUACAUGAAAGAACUCACACUGGAGAGAAACCCUAUAAAUGUGAGGAAUGUGGGAAAGCAUUUGUAUCUCUCACAAGCUUUCGAAGACACAUGAUGACUCACACUGGAGAUGGCCCUUAUAAAUGUAAGGAAUGUGGGAAAGCAUUCAACUGUCCCAGUUCAUUUCGAAUACAUGAAAGAACUCACACUGGAGAGAAACCUUAUGAAUGUAAAAUAUGUGGAAAAGCCUUCAGUUGCUCAAGUUAUGUUCAAGUACAUGAAAGAACUCACACUGGAGAGAAACCCUAUGAAUGUAAAGAAUGUGGGAAAGCUUUCAUUUAUCGUACAACCUUUCGAGGUCACAUGAGAGUGCACACUGGAGAAAAACCAUAUAAAUGUGAAGAAUGUGGGAAAGCCUUUAGUCGACCCAGUUCAUUUAGAAGCCAUGAAAGAAUUCACACUGGAGAGAAACUUCUUCACUGUAAGCAUUGUGAGAAAGCCUUCAAUUGGCCCACAUCCUUACAUAAACAUGUCAUAAGAAUGCACACUGGAUAA